AUGAAUUCUUUCACAAGAGCAAUAUUUAUUGCUGUUGUUUGUUGCUCUUUUGUACCAUUCACUAAAGAACAAUAUACACCAGAUUGGACAUCAUUAGAUUCACGUCCAUUACCUGCUUGGUAUGAUAAAAGCAAAAUAGGUAUAUUCAUUCAUUGGGGUGUAUUCAGUGUUCCAUCAAUUUCAUCGGAAUGGAUGUGGUGGUCAUGGAAAGGAAAUGAUCCAAGUUCUGAGGUUGUCGCUUUUAUGAAUAAAAAUUAUCCACCUGAUUGGACAUAUGCAGAUUUUGCUGCUCAAUUUCAUGCAGAAUUUUACAAUCCAAAUGAAUGGGCCGAUAUAUUUGCUGCAUCUGGUGCAAAAUAUAUUGUUUUUACAAGCAAGCAUCAUGAAGGUUUUACAAUGUGGCCUUCGAAAUAUUCAUUCAAUUGGAAUGCUAUGGAUGUUGGACCCAAACGAGAUUUACUUGGUAAAUUUCGAAUGACUCUCUAUGUUUUCUA